AGUUAUGGAGAGGAAGAAUGAAAGACUCUGGGGUUUGCUUAAAGAGUGUUUUGACUCAGGACUUAUAACCAUGUAUCAGAUGACAAAGGGUUUUGGAAGGGUAGCUGAAUCUCUUGAUGAUUUGGCUCUGGACGUACCUGAUGCUGAGAAACAAUAUCUGCAUUACAUUGAACGAGCAAGAGAAUCCGGAUGGUUAGACUCGUCAUUUUGUUUUAGCAAAUCAACACAAGCUGCAAGUGAGAAUGGCUCCUCGCCCGUUCGUGCAAUUUGGCUAGACUCCAUGAUGCACUUGCUGACAGAUAAAUACAACCAGCUGACGCGUGGAACCUACUUCUUUCUACACUAUACUUCCAUUUCUACUCUUACUAUUAUUCCAAAUCAAAGCAUACGCAAAAGGAAUUCAUGUGAUUAAAUGGACGACGAUGAUACAUCUACAGAACGUGGGUUUGUAUCAUGGACAGUUUUAUACUGAGUUUUUUUAUAUGUUUUCAGAAUGGAGGUCGGAUGCGCAUAAUUGACAAUUUUAUAUGGAGGGUUUCCUAGAUUUUUUCUCUUAGUUCUUUUGGCAGGUAGUGUAGUCUAGUUUUGAUUUUUACCAGAAAGUUUUGAGACGUGUAACACUCAUCCUAAAUUGCACUUUAUUCAAUGUAUUAAAGCAUCUUGUAAUGACGUUAAGCAGCCUCUGGAAGAUAUGUAUUGUAUGUGUUGUUACCUUUCAGGAACAUUCACUUAUUUCA